GAAGAAUGCAAGAAACAAAGGUCUUCAAACUUCGAUGUCGUAAGCAACAAGCGUGAAAUCACUUGCUUCCAAAAUUACACAGGAGACAAACUCAUAUAAGGAGACAAGGAAAAACAAAUUACGUUUGUAUAUACUAUACAACAGUCUUAAUCCUCCAGAAGGUGGUGGAUCUGGUAGCACUAGUACUGAUAUUGUCUACGUCACAAGGCGGUGGGAAGGAGGAUGGAGGACCCGUCGGUCCGCGAGAGCAAGGGAAUGCAAGGCCAAAUUGCGACAGCGCCCCCUUCCUAUGAAGAAGCAACUGCAGCCAUCCAAAUGCAAAACCUGACACUCGGCGUCGGUGUCCCCUCGGUACGCACCGUCAGAGCGACCGUUGUCCAGGCCUUCCCGGCUCAGGGUCCGGAUUACCUGAAACUCAACACAGGGGACCAGGUACAGGUCAUCACGCAGCACGUCAAGGGGAUGGGAGGGGUCUGGGUGGCUGUUCACAGCGGCAAGGUGGGGAAAGUGAGCCCGGUGGGUCUCAAAGUCCACUAUGAGCCGGUCGACCUUGUGCCAAAGCCACCAACUUCGAGUCCGCAGGUUCAAACCCUGACUGCCCAGGCAGUACGACCACACACCCCGAGCGGACCUGGCCAGCUGACGCUCCAGAUGUGGGAGGUAGUACAAGUGGUGGAUCAGCCUCCUACAGGUCCCUGGGCAGUCGUGAGUGGAGAUAAGCUUGGAAUGGUCGAUCCAGGGUGCCUCAAGAUUAUGCCGUGUCAACAGGCUUCACUAAGGGAACAACUUUACAGGGACGGGAAGACAGGGCGGUGGAUCUCAGACCUAAGGGGAAGAGGCCUGCACUCCCUACCCGGUGAGCUGUUCACCUUGUCCGAGACGAGCGAGCUGUACAUCACGGACAACCUGCUGACUGCCCUGCCUGAUGCCCUCACGGGACUGCCCAACCUGCUGCGGCUUAGCGCGGGGAGGAACAAGCUCGGGGUCUUUCCAGAGGUCGUGUUGAGGAUGACGCGGUUGGAAAAUCUGAACAUUGGAGAGAAUGACUUCUGCGGCGUCCCGAGAAACAUCGGACAUCUUCAAAACCUGAAGGAGCUCUGGCUGAAGAGCUUGAACCUUCAGGAGCUACCUGACGAGCUCUGCCUCCUACAAAAUCUGGAACUCCUGCACCUCGGGUGGAACAACCUGACCAGACUGCCAGGCAACUUCGCCCAACUGUCCUCGCUCAACAAGCUCCUGAUGCAGCACAACCGCUUCCAACAGUUUCCGGAGCAGGUGUGCUUCCUCGCCUCCCUCCGGGAGCUGUACCUGGACCAGGGGACAGGAGAGAAGUUCACGGUCAUCCCGGACAGCAUCGGCAACCUGAGGAAACUCAGGGUCAUGGUACUGGACAACAACGCUCUGACGUCACUUCCGACCACGGUUGAUAACGCAAACGACACUGAAGCCGACAAGCCCCAAGCACAAGUGCCCCAUGACUGUCAAGACAUCCUCGACGACGACGAGACCACACCCAGCGGCGUGUACAUGGUGUAUCCAAGGGACAACCUGGGCGGCUUCCUGGUCUUCUGUGAUAUGGACACGGACGGAGGGGGAUGGACGUUGUUCCAGAAACGCCAAGACGGAACAGUGGACUUCUUUCGGGACUGGGCAGACUACAAGACCGGCUUCCCUUCCAACCUGAACGGCGAGUUCUGGCUGGGGAACGACAAGCUGUACCGCCUGGCCGUGCAGAAAGUCUACCAGCUCAGGGUGGAUAUGGAGGAUGUGGAGGGGAACACGGCGUACGCGGCUUACAGCACGUUUGCCAUCUCGCCUGAAUCCCAGAACUACAAACUCCACAUCGGGACUUACACCGGUACUGCAGGGGAUAGCCUGUCGUUACAUGACGGGAAACCAUUCAGUACAAAGGACAGAGACAACGACGAGAGCUCUUCCGGAAGCUGUGCUCAGUCGAUCAAAGGUGCGUGGUGGUACGGUAAUUGCCACCACUCCAACCUGAACGGGCUGUACCACCUGGGUACUCAUGACAGUCACGGUGACGGCGUCAACUGGUACCACUGGAAGGGUUACAAAUACUCCUUGAAGCGCACGGAGAUGAAAAUCCGGCCAACUCCGUAACUUCAUACAUUAUAUUCUAUCGUUCAUGCCACUGAAACAGAUGUGAAAACGACAAUAUGUUACCUAUUAAUUUUAUGAUCGAGAUUUAGAUAUUGAAUGCUUACACAUCAUACCCUCCUUAACAAGAACUGUAUUGUCAAUUCCAGUGUUGUAAGAUUUCUUUUAAGUUAAAUCCUACACUUAGAGUAAAACAUCAGAAUUAGUCUUGAAUUUCCUGUACAGAGAGAUAUAGUGUGAAAUCUUUCAUUACCACUGGGACUAAAAAAUUAAAUUUAUCUCUAAAUAAGGCAAAAAGUUCG